ACAUGUCCCAUGAUGCAGCGGAGCCACAACCCGGAUAAGCCCUGACGGUGACGCAGGUGCACGUGACGUCCAGAAUGUGCGACGCGUCUCCCUGAUUCGCAGGACCGGGAGGAGAGCACCGAUCCGGCAUCGCCUGUAACCGGGCAGAGGCACCUUGGUCAUUGGCCGGAUGAGGUUCGGAGCUGGUCAGCCGUGGGCAAGUGACAGAGGCGUGAGCACGGGAAACUUGACCGCGAUCACCGAGAGGGAUGACGGAGCACUAACGGGACGCUGCCCUCUUCCGCCAUGAACGUGGUGCGGCUGGUGUGUCGCCACAAGACGGCGCUGGGCCUGGGUGCCCUGACGUUCUUCUCAAUGGUGCUGCUCUAUCUGGCUAAGUGCACCUCAGAGAGCCUGAAGCCACCAGGCCCGCGGGGCCUCCCCCACCAGCAGCACCAUGCCCCCCGGGCUCCCGGAGACCCCCAGCCACUGGCACCAGAGAAGAUCACCUCCACCUUCCUGGCUGUGCUCAUUGCCAGCGGGCCCAAGUACACUGAGCGACGCAGCAUCAUCCGCAGCACCUGGCUAUCCGCAGCCUCCCGCCCCCGCGGGGACCUGUGGUGCCGCUUUGUGGUGGGGACGGCAGGGCUGGGGGAGGAGGAGUCCGCCUCGCUGGAGGUGGAGCAGCGGAGACACGGCGACCUGUUGCUCCUGCCCGAGCUGCGCGACUCCUACGAGAACCUGACGGCCAAGCUGCUGCUCAUGUACGCCUGGCUAGAUCAGCACCUCGACUACAAGUUUGUGUUCAAGGCUGACGACGACACGUUCGCCCGUCUGGAUGUGCUGAUGGAGGAGCUGAAGCCCAAGGAGCCCAAGCGCCUGUACUGGGGCUUCUUCUCUGGCCGCGGGCGGGUGAAGUCUGGGGGGAAGUGGAAGGAGAGCUCCUGGGUGCUGUGUGACUAUUACCUGCCCUAUGCCCUUGGAGGAGGGUAUGUGCUGUCUUGGGACCUGGUACACUACCUGAGUCUCGGCAGAGAGUACCUCUCCCAAUGGCAGAGUGAGGACGUAUCUUUGGGCGCCUGGUUAGCUCCCCUGGAUGUAAACAGGGUCCACGACCCACGUUUUGACACAGAGUACAAGUCCAGGGGCUGUAACAACAAAUAUAUUGUCACCCACAAGCAGAGCAUUGAAGACAUGUUGGAGAAGCACCAGACCUUGGCCAAGGAAGGCAAGCUGUGCAAAGAGGAGAUCAAACUCAGGCUAUCGUAUAUCUAUGAUUGGGCAGUGCCCCCGUCCCAGUGUUGCCAGAGGAAGGAUGGCAUUCCAUGAGGAAGUCUGUCCACUCGGGUGUAUAUAUCCCAGUGCAAAUCAUGACUUUGGCCUGCCAGACUGAAAUAACUUUGGUUCACUAUAGGUUUACCAGCACCAUGCACUUUGGAAGUCUGCUGUGAAAAUUACGAGUACGGUUUUGAUCUCCAAGUUGAUUUUACUGGUUUUCGAGCAAAUCCAGUUCUAAAAUGUCUUUGAUAUUAAUGUUUAUAGUUUGUCUGACCAUGCUAUCCCUUUAAACUAGGAUAUUCAUGAAUUACACAGGUUCUGUAGCGGGCUGACUUCGAGCCUGCAUAUCGCCUGGUUUUAAUCAGCCACAGAACCUUUCCAGGUUUAAAGGGAUGUUAUGGUAAGCCUAUUUAUAGUCGGUGUCCAAAAACUUUCCAUUUGAUGAUAUCCAAAAAAAACUAAUGAUGUGAAGCUCAAUAAACAGGAGAACUUAGUGCUGAAUAUACACAUUGGCUUUUUUUGGAGAAAAAUAGACUGAUCUCAAUAGUUCUGUCAGUCUACCCUUAGUUUGUUUACAUUCUGUAUAGAUUUAUUGCAUUGUGUACUGUACAUGUGUUUUGUGGUGUUUUUUUAUGACGCAUUCAUUUUUAGUUUGGUAGUUAACAAGAAAUGUCGUUUUGCAUGUUUUAGUGUCCGAUAAUUUAUGAUUAUUUCCUGUUAUAAAAUAGUUUAGGUUGCAUUUUAAAAUCCUAACAUCUAUUCUAAGAUUUUAAAAUGCAUGUAUGCGAUAGAGGUUGCGACCAAUGAAAAAAAAAAUGUAUGUUUGUUCCAUGUGAUGAUUUUUGUACAUACAAACUAAUUUCCACCCGAUUAGUGUAAUAGACCCCCUAGGGCUGUAAUUAGUAUCUUUUUUACAGCUAACUGGAGCUGCUAAAUACUGAACAUUUUUCGGGCAUGUUAUCAAAAUGUUAAUUUUCAUUGUGUAGUAGUAUUGUGAAUAAAUAUAUUUGCUAGAAUAAAAGCUACAACUUGAACAACUUUAUAUUUAGGAAUUGGGUAAAUUAGCUAUUUUUCCAUUUAAAUAACCUUAUUUAUUUUGAGCAGCUAUUCAUACUGUACCUCUUUGUUUUUUAGAUUUUUAUUUUAAUUAUUGUUUGUAAUCUUUAGUGAAAUAAAAAUGCUACGACAGAUGAUAUAAGCUAUAUUAAAAAUAGUGCAUUUUGCACAUCAGGCCAAGCCGUUUCAACAUUUUACAGUUACUUGUACUGGUAUUCCUCUAUGUGUGACCAAAACAGCCAGCAGAUCUAAUCAUAAUCCUGAGACCAUCUGCUUUCAUCUUCUUAAAUUCUUGUCCAGACUUGUAAAUGCAGUGUUAUCGCUUGUCCCUGUAUGUGUACAAACAAGAGAGAGUACAUUUAUUUUAAUUAGUCCAGCAGUUAUGUGUCCUUUUUUGGGGAGGGAGGAAUAUAAUCAUUCAGAUUAUUUUUCAUUUCUAUCCGACAUAUGUUCACUGUUAAAGUAUAUCUGAUUUCACUUGUCUUGGAGCCCUAAAGGAAUAGGCAAUACCAGUAUGAAAAUAAAGAAAAACAGGAAAACAAA